AUGGCGCCCACAGUCGUUGAGGUUGAUGGCAUCGUCGAGCGCAUCGUUGCCAACGAUCACCUCUACCUACUUCUCGUACCCUUCUGCUUGUUCAUCGAAUCAACUUCGGGCUUCGACUCUAGUAUGAUGAAUGGCAUGCAAGCAUUGGUGUUCUGGAAAGACUACUUCAACCAUCCCAAGGGAGGUCUGCUCGGACUUCUUGUCGCAUGCUAUAAUCUUGGAGGUAUCACCGCAAUUCCACUUGUAGCACUCUUUUCGGAUCGGUUUGGUCGACGGAUGAGUAUCGUGUUCGGUUCUGCUGUCAUGAUUGUUGGUGCCGUGCUGCAAGGCCUCGCACGGAACGUCGCAAUGUUCAUCAUCGCGCGCAUGAUUCUCGGCCACGGCAUUGUCUAUGCCAUCAUAGGUGGCGCUGCACUACUUGGUGAACUCGGUCAUCCAAAAGAACGCGCCUUCCUAGGGUCAAUGUUCAAUGCCUUCUUCGGCAUUGGUGCUGUACUUGGUGCAGGAAUUGUCGUACGAACCGUGCUCAUCCCAAAUGACUGGAGCUGGCGACUGCCUUCGAUCCUGCAGGCUGGUCCUUCGGUUAUACAAAUCCUCUUUGCUUUCACGGUCCCUGAGAGUCCACGUUGGCUCGUCUCGAAAGAUCGAAGCGAAGAAGCACUCGAGAUCUUGAUCAAGUAUCACGCUGAAGGCGACGCUUCCAAUGAGCUGCCACAUAUCGAGAUGGCAGAAAUCCGCAAAGCUCUGGAGCUUGAGAACGAGUCUCGGAAACGCGGAUGGGCAGAACUGUUCCAGACCAAGGGCAUGCGGCACCGAGCCUUGAUUGGGGCAGCACUAGGACUUUUUACCCAGUUCAGUGGCAACAACCUCAUCUCACAAUAUCUCGUAAAGAUAUUGACACAAAUCGGAAUCACAGACCCCCAUCAGCAGGUGCGAUACAAUGUUGGUACUGAGGCCUGGGGGUUUCUUGUCGCACUGAUCCUCGCCGUCUACACAGCCUGGACAAUAGCGCAAGCUCGAAACUUUAUCACUGGCUCCAAAGGCAGCGGCUAUGCCGUACUCGUCAUGAUAUUCCUGUACAAGCCUGCGUAUUGCAUUGGUUACAAUGCUUUAACUUAUGUGUACAUGGUGGAGAUUUUCCCUUACUAUGUUCGUACGAAAGGCCUGUCAUGGUUCCAGCUGUUCGGACGCUCCGCCAGUCUAUUUGGCUCCAAUGUCAACCCAAUCGGACUGGACGAUCUUGGCUGGAAGUAUCUUAUCGUCUAUGUCGUAUGGCUUCUUUUUGAGGUGGUCUUUAUCUACUUCUUAUUUCCAGAGACUUAUGGAAAGACGCUGGAGGAGCUAACGUUCUUGUUCGAGUCGGAGAAUCAAGGUCGCGAGGAACUUGCUGCUUCCACGGCAAAGGUUGUGCAGGACCCAAGUAUUGCAGAGGUACACGAGGUUGGAGAGAAGAAGGCUUAG